CUGGCAAUAACAGUGUUGCCAGUUUGGGCGGGAAAUAUGUCCCAAACUGGCAACACUGUCCUCCGGCCCCUGCGCUCCAGAAUAUUCUGCUCUCGGCAGUCGCCUGUUAUAAGAAGCAGCCAUCUUCCUGAUAAGGGUCGCUUUGCUGAAAGGAAUAUCCUACCCUGAGACAGUAAAGUUGCCAUCAUGGUUCAUGAGACCGGUUUCUACGACCUCUUGGGUGUGAAGGCUCAAGCUUCGCCAGAUGAGAUCAAAAAGGCGUACAGAAAACUAGCAUUAAAAUAUCAUCCGGACAAGAACCCCAGUGAAGGAGAGAGGUUCAAGCUGAUAUCCCAAGCGUACGAGGUGCUAUCGGAUGCAAAGAAGAGGGAUCUGUACGACCAAGGUGGGGAGCAAGCCAUCAAGGAGGGGGGCAUGUCUGGCGGCGGCUCCCCCACGGAUAUCUUCAACAUGUUCUUCGGUGGCGGAGGAAGGACUCAGAGGGAGAGAAGAGGGAAGAACGUGGUCCAUCAGCUCAGCGUGACUCUAGACGAGAUGUACAACGGAGGCACCAGGAAGCUAGGGCUCCAGAAGAAUGUCAUCUGUGAAAAAUGUGAAGGUUAUGGUGGUAAGAAGGGAGCCCUGGAGAAGUGUCUCAGCUGUAAAGGAAGAGGCGUGACGAUCAAAGUGCAGCAGAUCGGACCGGGAAUGAUUCAGCAGAUCCAAAGCAUGUGUGCCGACUGCCAGGGCCAGGGCGAGAAGUUCAGCUCCAAGGACCGCUGCAAGACCUGCAACGGCCACAAGGUGGAGCGCACUAAGAAGGUCCUCGAGGUCCACAUUGACAAAGGAAUGAAAGAUGGACAGAGAAUCACAUUCCACGGGGAGGGCGACCAGGAGCCGGGACUAGAGCCUGGUGAUGUUAUCAUCGUGUUGGACCAGAAGGAGCAUCCUGUGUUCACGCGGCAAGAGGAUAACCUGAUCAUGCAGAUGGAGAUCAAGCUGGUCGAAGCUCUCUGUGGAUUCAAGAAGGCCAUCCUGACGCUGGACAGCAGAACCCUCAUCAUCAGCACACAGCCAGGUGAAGUGGUGAAGCACAAUGACCUCAAAUGUGUUCAGAACGAAGGCAUGCCAAUCUACCGGGAACCUUUCGAUAAGGGACAGCUCUUCGUUCAGUUUCAGGUGGAGUUCCCAGAGAAACACUGGCUCCCAGAGCACCUGAUGUUCCAGUUAGAGAGGCUGCUGCCGGCCAGAGACGAGGUGGUGGUUUCUGAUGACAUGGAGGAGGUGACCCUCAGCGAGGCGGACAGCCAAUCACAGCAGAGGGGCAGCAGUCGCGAGGCCUACGAGGAAGACGACGAGGGUCAAAGGCAAGGGGUGCAGUGCCAGACCCAGUGAUUACCUUUUUAUUUAGGAUGCAACGUGAACGUCACAGGCCUUAAGUCCUCCACACCACAAGAGUUAAAACAGUGCAAAGUCAUCAUGGUCUGACUUCUGACAUGACAGGUCAUUGCUUUAGGCAACUUUAUUCGUCCCCUUCCUGUUUCGGCUCCCCAUGGUUAUCCAUAUGCUAGUAAAACAGCUUAUCACACGGUAGCUAUUACAAGUUUAUUUGGGUUUUUCCGUCUCGUAUCUUCCUGAUGUGAAUGUUUUGUGUAUUUGUUUUCUAUGCAUGUUCCUAAUAGAGAAAUGUCACAUCUGACUGGAAUGGAGUUCUAGUAUGCUUUCUGUGAAGGUAAAGGUCCUGAUAUUGCAUUCAGCGUUUCAUUGCUUUUUUUUUUUCUUUCAAUAAAACCCAAAUCCACCUUUUCAA